AUGUCUGCUGCACUCGUCUUCAAAGGCGCCAUAAUUCAUUCAGAAUCCCUGGGCAGCUUGGAGAUCUUGGACAAUGCGACACUCAUCGUCGUAGAUGGCCGCAUCAGCGCCUUGUAUCGUGCAGCCGACGAGCUCCCUGCCACCGCAAUCCCCGCCGACGCGCAGGUCCAUCAGAUCCCUCCUGGAGAAUUCCUCAUCCCCGGAUUCGUCGACACGCACAACCACGCCCCCCAAUGGCCGAUGCGAGGUCUCGGGCAGGGCUUGCACAUCCUAGACUGGCUUGAGCAGGUCACGUUUCCCUUCGAAGCCCGCUUUGCUGACGCCGCGUACGCCCAGCGGACCUACGAGCAAAUGGUGGAGGAUUUCCUACGCCAGGGAAUCACGACGGCCUCUUACUACAGCUCCCGGCAUGCGGAUGCGACAAAGGUACUGGCCGAGACGUGUGCGAAGAAGGGCCAGAGGGCCUUUGUGGGCAAAUGCAACAUGGAUCGCAGCGCGCCAGACUACCUACGAGACACGACAGCAGCAGAUUCACUCGGCGAGACGGAGCAGUGCAUCAACCACAUUCGGGGGAUUCCUGGCUGUGAAAAAGAAAAUGGAGAAGCGCUGGUGAAACCCGUCAUCACGCCUCGGUUUGCCAUCUGCUGCACGCCCGAGCUCUUGGAAGGGCUGGGCAAGAUGCUGAAGGAGGACUCCUCCCUCGCCAUGCAGACGCACUUCAACGAGGCACAGCAAGAGAUCGACUUUACCAGGGUCCUCUUUCCGGAAGAAGCGAGCAAGAGCGAGGCUGAUCUGUACGAGAAGUAUGGGCUGCUAAAUCGCCGCUCGGUUCUAGCACAUUGCACCAUCAUGACAGAUUACGACAAGGAAAGGCUGAAGCACCUGGAGUGUGGUGUGGCCCAUUGCCCCAUUGCCAAUAUGACUGUAGGCGGGGGUUUCAUGGUGGCACCCCGAGGAAUCAAGGUUGGGCUGGGAACGGAUAGCGGCGGCGGGUGGGCCUCGCAGAUGCUGAUGGUGAUCCGACAGACGAUGAUUGCCUCGAAUGCGCAGGAGGUCAUGUCAAAGGGACAGGACAAGGCGCUCUCGCUGGAGGAAGUGUUCUAUCUGGCGACGCUGGGCGGUGCCAGGGUCUUGUGUCUUGACGACCAGAUUGGCAGUUUUGAGGUUGGAAAGCAGUUUGAUGCCGUCUGGGUAGCUACCACAACAGGACUGCACUCGGCCAUGACGCCGCGUGAGGAGGACGACUCCCUGAGGACCUCGUUCGAGAAGUAUAUCAUGACGGGAGACGACCGGAACGUGGCCCAUGUGUACGUGCGGGGCAGGCGUGUAGCAGGUUCCAGAACUGAAUGA